GUGACACACGUCAACAAUUCAUCCAUCUGGAGAUCAGGUACGCGCACCAUUCACGCAAGCCUUCCUCGUCCGCGGCUGCUUGGUUCUGCUAUGUUUGAUGCAUCGCGGCUGGGACGUCAAAUGCGGUGUGCGACGGGCAAAUGUUGGGAGCUUGUGGCCUUGCGAUCACGGCCGCGAUCGCGGCGCAAUGCCUGCGGGUUUCCUCCUUCCCACCUUACGGCAUGACGUCGAAGCGCGCACAAACACAUCCUUCACCGCAUCCGAUCCCGUCACCUCGCUUCGAAGCAACAGACAUGGAUCUGGCUGACAUGUGUAGAAUAGAGGCCCAACUCGACAGGCUAAAAUCAACAAGCACUGCUUGCGAUCGGGAGAAAUCCAGCAAAUAUUAGUGGCCAUCACCUAUCCUGUCAAACGUCUGGAUUCUGGCACAACAAGCCGUGAUCGAGUUUAACGCAUUAUUGCGACACACUGCGCUUGCACCGCCACGGCCCGCGCUGCGUCAC